GAGCCCGGCCGCCAAGGACAAAAGAGCGGCCGCGUCCCCAGCGUCGCCAUGAGCCACGCCGAGAUGGGCAAGUUCAACAUCUCCCCCGACGAGGACAGUAGCAGCUACAGCUCCAACAGCAACGACUACAGCUACCCGUACCCCACCAAGCCGGCCGCCAUGAAGAGCCGGUAUGCAGAUAUUGAUCCAGAAAAUCAAAAUUUCUUACUUGACUCUAGUGUUGGAAAGAAGAAAUAUGAAACUCAGUAUCAUCCUGGUACUACUUCCUUUGGAAUGUCAGUAUUUAAUCUGAGCAAUGCUAUUGUGGGUAGUGGCAUCCUUGGUCUUUCUUAUGCCAUGGCUAACACUGGAAUUGCUCUUUUUGUGAUACUCCUACUAGUUGUCUCAAUAUUUUCUUUGUAUUCAGUGCAUCUCCUUUUGAAGACUGCUAAUGAAGGAGGCUCUUUAUUGUAUGAACAAUUAGGAAUGAAGGCAUUUGGCAUGGCUGGAAAACUUGCUGCUUCUGGAUCAAUUACAAUGCAGAACAUUGGAGCUAUGUCAAGCUACCUCUUCAUAGUGAAAUAUGAGUUACCAUUGGUCAUCAAGACAUUUAUGAACAUCGAAGAGAACACAGGAGAAUGGUACCUUAAUGGUGACUACCUGGUGCUGAUGGUGUCCAUCAUUCUUAUUCUUCCUCUGUCCUUACUGAAAAAUUUAGGAUAUUUGGGCUAUACCAGUGGCUUUUCCUUACUCUGCAUGGUCUUCUUCCUGAUUGUUGUAAUUUGGAAGAUGUUUCAGAUUCCUUGUCCUGUGGACAGUGACAUCAUGAACAUGACUGUAAAUGCAACACUGAUACCUUUAAUAGAUAAAAACAUAACAACUGAUGACAUGUGCAAGCCAAAGUACUUCAUCUUCAAUUCACAGACUGUCUAUGCUGUCCCAAUCCUAACAUUUUCUUUUGUCUGCCAUCCUGCAAUUCUUCCUAUUUAUGAAGAACUGAAAAGCCGAAGCCGUAAAAGAAUGAUGAAUGUGUCCUACGUUUCUUUUUUUGCCAUGUUUCUCAUGUAUUUAUUGGCUGCUCUCUUUGGAUACCUGACAUUUUAUGGAAAUGUUGAACCAGAAUUGCUUCAUACCUACUCAGCUUAUCUGGGUGCUGAUAUUCUUCUUCUGAUUGUACGUCUUGCUGUACUUAUGGCUGUAACCCUAACUGUACCUGUAGUUAUUUUCCCAAUCCGCAGUUCCAUUACCCAGCUGCUGUGGGCAGGAAAAGAGUUCAGAUGGUGGCGUCACUGUGCAAUUACAUUCGCUCUUCUGACGUUCACCAAUGUGCUUGUUAUCUUCGUCCCCACCAUUCGGGAUAUCUUUGGAUUCAUUGGUAAGCAUUUUCAUAGAAGUACAGAGCUUCUUUCAAAUCUGAGAAAAUUCAGCUACAAGCUAAUUAAAGCUUACCUGUUUUUUUUAAAAAAAGUAUUUUUGUGCUUUUCAAAUAAAGGUGCAUCUGCUGCUGCCAUGCUGAUCUUCAUACUCCCUUCUGCAUUCUAUAUCAAACUAGUCAAGAAGGAACCAAUGAAGUCAGUGCAGAAAAUUGGGGCUGCGCUCUUCUUUCUGAGUGGUAUACUUGUGAUGACUGGGUGUAUGACACUGAUUAUUUUAGAUUGGACCCACAGUGAUGCAUCUGAUGGCCAUUAAUUUUCCUGGUUUAAUCUCUAAAACUCCACUUCAAAUGCCAGUGUUCACUCAGAUACCUACCAAGAGUGAAAAUGAGCUAUUCGGCUUCCUUUAAAAUGCAGAUUCUUUGUUGCUGGUUCUUCUGACUGUAGAAUACCUGAAUUCUGUCUUUAAGAAACUAUUCUGCAUGAUGGAAAUGGAUAUUAACAUCAAACCACAGGAUUGUCUGGCUGAAGGAAGUGGCGAUUUUAUUCCAUUCCAGAGAAUGGACAGAACUCUCUGUAGACUUUUAUCGAGCCAUGUUUGGCUUUUGUCAUUGUUACUUGGAUAUUUUGUUAUUUUACUUGAAUGUGCCUAAUGGAACCAUUUGAUGUGAGAAAUAACUCAUAAUUUACAGCAAAGUGUUUGAAUAACCAAUGAGAGAGAGAAACACUAUUAUUUUUUGUACCAAAAAUUCUUAUGGACCUCAAACGCACUAUUUUGACUUUAAGAAACAUUUUUUUCUAAGGAGAAUGAAAGAGCUCAUAAAAUAGUUAAUUGGUGUCCUGAAUUAUAUAUAAUUUGCCUUUCUUUAGAGGCAAAAUUAGAGGGAGUCUUAUUUUUAAAAGUAAUCUAAUGACCAAAACAGAAAAGAAGAACCAAUUUAAGUCAAAAUCCUCUUAAUUACAAAUACUUUUGAUGGAAUUCACUUAACUUGAAGUAUAGUGAAAAUAAUUCUCAAUGUCUUUACUCAGUGUACCUAAGUAACUACAGUUUAUCUUAGUUUC